CUGCGACCAUACUCAUUGAUGAAAUGGUGUCAAAGUUAUUUCCCAUAUACCCGGAGAGAUGCAUCUUUAGGGUUCCCGAUGCAUUGCGCCAUGGAAACGAGGAAUUCUAUGAGCCUACGGUGCUCGCCAUCGGCCCUUACCACCGUGGAAAACCUCGCCUAGCUUCUAUGGAGGAUCAAAAGAUUCGCAACCUAAAGGAAUUGCUCAAUAUAACUGGUGACCAGAGUGUAGACCGUUUUGUUCGAGCCAUCAUGCCACACGAAGAGAAAGUGAGGAAAUGUUACUCGGAGCCUAUAGACUAUCUUUCGAGCAAUGAAUUGGUCCAAAUGCUGGUGUUGGAUGGAUGCUUCAUAAUCCAGCUUUUUCGUAGGUAUUGGAGGUGGUCGGAAUCUAGUAAAGUCUCUAUUGUUGAUGAUGACCCAGUGAUUAACUCCAGCUUCUUGUUAAUUGAGUUGCAAAAAGACAUGUUAUUAAUUGAGAAUCAAAUUCCAUUUUUCAUCAUCGAAAUCUUGUUCAACACAAUCUAUCCUCGCGUCUCUAUCGGUAAUGAACUCAAACGUCUGACCUUAGUCUUCUAUUAUAAAAGGCUUAAAAGGUAUGCUUGGACGACAGAAGAUCAUACUCAAUUAUUUGGCGAAAACGUAUGCCAUCUGUUGCAAAUUGCCCACAUGGUUGUAUGCUCCGACUUCACACCAGCUACUUCUCAAUCACAAACACAAUUAAAUUCCUUUGUGUACUCCGCCACAAAGCUCGAGGAAGCAAAUGUUAGGUUGAAGACGACUUCGAAAUUAACUAGAAGCAUAUUUGACAUAACAUUUAGGAAAGGAGAGUUGGAGAUACCAGGUUUUAAUAUAGAUGAUGACUCUGAGGUGGAAAUCCGAAACUUCAUUGCUUUUGAGUUAUGUCAACGGCCCUCCAAUAAGAGGUUCUUUUCUCAUUAUGUGAUCUUCAUGGAUCAUUUGAUUGCCUCAUCCGAUGACGUUGACUUACUUACACGUCGUGGCAUCUUCAACAACCAAAUGAUAGAAGCAAAGUCGGUGGAUAAUAUGUUGAGCAAAUUGACGAGGAACAUCAUAAGUUCAAAUUAUUAUACUUACAAUAAUAUUUCCAAAGACUUGAAUGAGUAUUGUGAGCGCCCUUGGAACAAAUGGAGCGCGAACCUCAAACAAAAAUACUUCAACACCCCGUGGGCAAUCAUAUCUUUCAUUGCUGCUUUGGUGCUACUCGGCUUGACUAUUACACAAACAUUGUUUUCAAUCAUUUCUUAUAAGUGA